AUGCUUGCCGACGUAAAAAAUCGUCACUUAACACCCUGGAUAGCCGAGCUGUUUAUAGAUCUACUCACUAGCUGUAUCGCUGUCACAGUUUAUAGCAUUGGUAUUCAUUUCAUUUAUAGAUUACUGGCUUUGGAACGGCAAGGACGUCUUAAAUAUUUCAAUGAUCAGUUCCUCUUGGUCUGGUUCAGCAUUCCACUUCUUGCCGGGGCGAUUUGGUUUGCUGUCACAAGAUUCGUGUUUGGAAUGAAUCCGUUGACUACGAACUAUAUAAGAAAUACUGUCGAAGAGUUCUUCAAUCUGAAAAUGGAAGACUGUGUCUAUGGGGCCGCUGUUUUCUAUCCAAUAGAUGAGAAUGGACACCAGUUUGUCAGCUGGAAAGCAUUCUUCGGAUUGGCCUGCUAUAUGACUCUUCUCACUAUUCCAUUUGUGACAAUUCUGGUUUGUGGAGUGAAGAGUUUCAAGAAAGUCAGAAGUCUCUUGGAUCAUGGAGAAUCAGAAUUCGCUAGGAAUCUUCAGAUGCAAUUGUACAAAGCUUUGAUUGCCCAGACGGUCAUCCCUGUAUUUUUCUUUUUCAUUCCCUUUGGAUUCAUAUUUAUUCUCCCGAUAUUUGAAGUUGAUUGUCAUUUCUUAGGUGCUCCCAUCACGUUGGUAUUCGCAAUGUAUCCGGCGAUUGACCCAUUACCAACUCUGUUCUUUGUCGACUAUUAUCGGAAUGCUAUUUUUGGACUACUUUGUGGAUGUUAUGGUGUCACAGUUUGUAGUAUUGCUAUUCAUUUCAUUUAUAGAUUGCUGGCUUUAGAAAGCAUUCCACUUCUUGCCGGGGCGAUUUGGUUUGCUGUCACAAUAUUCGUGUUUGGAAUGAAUCCGUUGACUACAAACUAUAUAAGAAAUACUGUCGAAGAGUUCUUCAAUCUGAAAAUGGAAGACUGUGUCUAUGGGGCCGCUGUUUUCUAUCCAAUAGAUGAGAAUGGACACCAGUUUGUCAGCUGGAAAGCAUUCUUCGGAUUGGCCUGCUAUAUGACUCUUCUCACGAUUCCAUUUGUCACAAUUCUGGUUUGUGGAGUGAAGAGUUUCAAGAAAGUCAGAAGCCUCUUGGACCAUGGAGAAUCAGAAUUCGCUAGGAAUCUCCAGAUGCAAUUGUACAAGGCGCUCAUCGCACAGACGGUGAUCCCCAUAUUUUUCGUUUUCAUCUCCUUUGGAUUCAUAUUUACCCUACCGAUAUUUGAAAUUGAUUGUCAAUUCUUGGGUGCUCCAAUCACGUUGGUAAUUGCGAUGUAUCCGGUGGUUGACCCAUUACCAACCCUGUUCUUCGUCGAUUACUAUCGGAAUGCUAUAUUUGAAGUCUUCCAUGUAUGCAGGUGUAAGACAGCAAGGAUAGAAGGAGCAUCAGUUGAAUCGAUGUCAAGGGGUUAUCCGAAUACUGUUUGA